AGUCCUCCCGGGGCCGCUCUAGUCGUGCUCCCAGCUGGGCACGGCUGAAUCUGUCAGCACUGCCGCAGCAGGUGUUACUCCCCGCUCCCUCCCCAGCACACACACCCGGAUUCUCCCAGGUGGGUCGCACGCCGACGCCAGCUCCUGGCGAAGAAAAGGAGGGAGCAAGAGGAGGCUUGUCUGUCCCUGCCGGCUGGGUGAGUGGGGAGCCGUGCUCCCGGCUCGCCCCUCCACUGGCCUCUAGCCCUCCGGUUGCUGAUGUCUCUCAGGGCCGAGGACCAGGCAGGCUCCCCGCAGCGGGACCCCCCCAGAGCCAAGAAAGGGGGCAUCAGGAGGCGGCUCGCCCAGCUCUUCUCCAGAAGUGAGAUCAGCCUGACAGAGCUGCAGAGGAAGGAGGACAGCUGGGAUGGCCCCAGCGCCCCAGGAGCUGCCACCCACCAGGAUGGGAAAGGGAAGGGCAGGAGGAAAGAGAAGAGGAGCACGUUGCAGGGGUCCUUGCAGAGGAUGGCCGAGGAGGACAAGAGCUCAGCUGGGGGAAGACGCAGCGAGGAGCGCCCCCAUCCCAGCCGGCCCCAGAAGUCAUCCUCGAAGCUGCAUGCUCUCAGCUACUCAGAGUCCGACCUCUGGAGGAACGGCCUCCUGCGGACGUUUGGGACCCUGCCCUGGCGGAGGCGGCAAAGCAGCCAUCUGGAGCUCUCAGGCACCGGCGCUGGUGGUACGGGACAUCUGGGGAGCUCACUGGGCAAGCCCUGGCCUUUCGGGCGGCUACAGAGACCAGCGGUCGGCAGUGAUUUGGAUAUGGCAGGCCGGCUUGACCUGUGCUCUGCUGGGAACCUGGCCAAAGAGCAGGAGACUCCAGAGCCAUCUGCUUGGCCCAGGGACACAGGAAACUCGAAGCCAGCCAUACCCAGCCAGGUGGAAAUCUUCACAUCCUUUGACUCUCUGCUGGGCAAAGAAAAUGAGAGUUCCUGGGGAGGGUCUGUUUCCAUCAGCAGCACCUCCCUGGACUUCCCCACCAGCCCUGAGACGCAGGAGGAAGACUACAAGCUUCCAGCUGCCCAGGAGGAACCCAGCAGAGCCUCGGAGCCUCUGCCAGAGUGGGCUGAAAGAGUUUUCCAAGAGUAUUUAGACUCAGGGACCUUCCGCCCUAAGGUGGCGGGACAGCCAGACCAUGUGAGCCAUGGCCACAGAGAAUCCAUCUCUGAACCAGAGACUUGUCCAUUCACCAGCCCUGCCUAUAAUCGGAUCAGCAGGACAGAGGACCCUGCAAUAGGCAGGGAGAGCCCGGAAUGGCCUCUGGAGACUAUCAGUGGGGUUGAACCCACCCCUGCCAAGAGGCCUGCGAAGAUCCGCUACGAGGUAAUGAUCACUCUGACCAAGGAGCAGGAAGAGGGUGCGAAGAGCGGAGCAGAGGAUCGGCCUAGGGUCCAUGGGAAUGGACCGGGUUCCCACGGAGUUGCGAAGUCACCUGGGGAGGCAGGAGUUUCUCAGGGGAUUGCUGAGUUGCAGAAAAUGGAUGAGCAAUGUCAUGGGGAACCAGCCAGACCGGCUCUCCAGCUGGCAGCACACAAGGAAUUCCAAACCUUCACGCGGCAAAGGGAGGGUACUGUUGGGGUGACCGGGCAGGUCCGCCCAGUCCCAGGGUGCCUGGUGACACCUCUGCAAGGAUCAGAGCCCAGCCCCAGGCAGAGACGGGACGGGCAGGAACAGAGCCUGUGCCACGGCAGGGACCUCUUGGCAGCGGAGGGGAGAGCCGUCCGUGCGGCAGGAGCCCCGGCCAGCAGCUCCCCCAGCUCCUCUGGGCCGUGCAGAGAUUGCCCGGGGGCGGCAGGCGAGGAGGCCCAAUCAGAGGGAGGCCGUGACGCUGGGACGGGCCUAGACGAGAUGAAGAAGGUUGGCGGUAGCUCCCACGCCCAUCACCCCAAGCCAGGAGAGUCCACCCGGAGCACCUGGUUCAGCUGGAAGAAAGCACCUGCUGCUCAGCCCGAGGAAGAGGCCAAGCCCAGCUUCCGCAAGGUCUCCCUGCUGUCACGGAGGUUAGAGGCUGCCGCCAGCCCCUCCCGGGUGUCGAUGCUGCUGGAGGCCUGGGAGAAGGGAACAAUAGGCAGGGAAUCUUCAGACUUGCCUUCUCCAACAGACGGCAGCUGCUCCCCAUCUCCCGGCCUGCGGCAGGAUUUCUCUGAACACACGCCCGUGUUCUCACAAAUCUAUUCUCCAGUUCAAAAGGAGACGAGGCCGACUGAAAGGGGAAAGCAGGCUGCUGAUAGCACUGCAAUCACUGAAUCCCAGAGGGAUGGCCACCUGCCCGGCGCCGUCAGCACCACUGCAUCCACUGGGUCCCCAAGAGAAAGCCACUUGCCCAGUGCAAAUGGCAUCACUACACUCAUUGGGUCCCCAAAAGAAAGCCACAUGCCCAGUGCAGGUGGUUUCACUACACCUGUUGGGUCCCCGAGAGAAAGCCACGGGCCCAGUGAAAUUGGCACCAACACACCCAUUGGGUCCCCAGGAGAAAGCCACGGGCCCAGUGCAGGUGGUUUCACUAAACCUGUUGGGUCCCCGAGAGAAAGCCACAGGCCCAGUGAAAUUGGCACCAACACGCCCAUUGGGUCCCCAGGAGAAAGCCACGGGCCCAGUGCUGUUGGCAUCACUACUGUAACCAGUUCCCAAAAGCAAUGGCACAUCCCAAAUGCUGGCAGCAUUACUGUAUUUAGAUCCGAAAGGGAAAUCCUCAUGCUCAAAUCUGGAAGCACGGUUGAGUUUAGAUCCGGAAGAGAAGUCAUUGUGCCUAACGUGGAGAGCACCAGUGUAAGCGAAUUCGCACGAGGGAGCAGCACGUCUGUCGCUGGAUCCCCAAGCGAAAGCUGCAGGCAGUGUGCUGGUGGAAGCCUGAGGGCCCUUGGUGAGGCUGGUGGUAGCUCGGCAGCUGGCUUGCAGGGAGAAAGCCGCAUGACGCAAGCCGGCAGCGCCGGUGUGAGUGAAUCCAAAGGAGACGGGGGCAUGCUGGGCGCCUUUAGCACCAGCAUAAAUGCACCCCAGAGGCAGAACAGUCCCUUCGCUGUGAGCGGAUCUGAAACCGACGGCAGCCUGCCAGGUCCGGGCGGCGCGGCCUCAACUGGGUCGGAAAUGGAAAGCGGCGUGCCAAGCACUGAGGGUGCCGUUUUAGCUGCACCCGGGACAAAGAGCACAUCUAAUGCUGCUGGUGCGCCUGGAAAUAGCGCCCAAGGAGACGGUGGCAAUCCAGAGCCUUUAGCUGGAGUGCAGCUGUUGGCCUCCCAGGCUGAGGUCAGGGGAGAGGGGGAUGAACCAGCAUGGAGCUCCGAGGGAUCUGCACAAGAGCCCAACGUUUCAUCUGAAGAGACCAAGGCCUCCCCUGAAACCUUGAGCCACACCCAGCCAACGGGGAGUCCCCAGGAGACGGCAGAAGAGGACCCCGACCUGUCUGUGGACAUGGAACUUUUGGUGGACACCCUCCGUAGCAUGGAGCCCUCCGAAAUCCGAAAGCCUCCCAAGAUCUCCCGGCCAUCGCGCUCUUCCUCGCGUGGAAAAUACGUUACCCUGCCACCCAUUGACGAGCAUCACAUUGCUCCCAAGUCCCAGGUUCCCCUCCCGGAGGCCCUCAGCAAGCUCUUUGGUCGGACAGAACAGAAGCAUCUGGAGGAGAAUGGACCAAAACAGGAGAACGUGGAUCCCGAGGAGGAGGAGGAGAUAGAGAACCCGUAUCUCAGUAAGGUUGAUAAGCCACAGGCCAAAGAGGAGCCCAGGAAAGUUUACCCCUGGGAAAACAUGUCAACUGAAAUAGAGGAGAAGACGCUGUCUCUCCUGGGGAAGUUGAGGCAGCCCCCAGGGGACGAGAAGGCUUCCAGGAAUCAAAGCAUCCUUUUCAACGCUAACAUCCUCAAAGGUGCCUCCCUGCUGACAGAUCUCCGGGAGCAGAAGGCCAUCCCCACAGAAGACAAGCCCUACUCCCGCUUGGACAGCAGCCUCCUCUACAGGCGGUACAUCUCCUCCGUGACGCCCCCGCUCAAAGCUCUGGAGAAGGAGCGAGAAGGAAGGAGCUCACCCACGCCAAUUGACCUGGCUCUGCUAAAUGCCAGAGAGCAGAGCUGGAUGCCACCCAAUGGACCACAGUUGAAACCCUGCGAACAGCUGACCUCUGAGCCUUCCCCCGCUGGAGUCCAAGUCUCUCUGAACCCUCAGAAGGCACCAGGCAUAGACAAAAGCACUGGCCAGAUUCCUUUGCUCUUCAUGGAGGCUGAGCAGAAAAAUACUCCUCCCCCGUUGCUGGGUCACCCUGCAGCUGGGGUGAGUAAAUCCACACUACGCAGUCAGGAAGAGGCAAAGAACCCCCCCACGAAGCUCAACGGGAGACCUGGGAAGAUCAUUCUGUUCUCCGAGUCGGGCUUCGCGGGCCAGAAGAGGGAGAUCUGGGGCGAUGUCGCUGACGCUACCCCCUGGGAGCUCUCCCACACCGUCUCCAUCCGGGUGGUCCGAGGGGGCUGGGUGAUGUACGAGAAGCCGCGGUUCCAUGGGCGGAAGUGUGUGCUGGCCGAGGGGGAUGUGGAGAUCAAUAAUCCAUGGACAGCCUAUCGGAAAGACGGGGAGGUGCCUGAGAAUGCGCCCUUCCGCAUCGGCUCCUUCAAGAGGGUGGUGAGGGAUUAUCGGAUCCCCGAGAUCAGUUUGUUUACUGAGGAGAAUGGAGAAGGCACAAAAGUGAGGUUCACGGAUUCCUCAGAAGACACCCGGGUCUGUGGCAAGCCCUUGAAGGCCUCUUCCAUCAUUGUCCACUCUGGCCUGUGGCUGAUUUACUCCAGACCCUUCUUUGAUGACGACCCCUAUGUUUUGGAACCUGGCGGGUAUCCCAAUUUAAAAGCCUGGGGUGCAAAGGACCCUUCCGUCUGCUCUAUGCAUCCUAUUAAACUGGGCUGCCCUGCUGUAGAGAAACCUGGGGAGCCCAAGGCAGUGAUCUAUGAGAAGGCAUGUUUCCAGGGCCACAGCUGCGAAGUGAACCGAGACAUCUAUGCUCUGAAGAAGCAGGAGAACAGCCAGGGCCCUGUGAUGUCCACGAUGGGGUCUCUGCGCAUCCUGGGGGGCUGCUGGGUCGGCUACGAGAAGGAGGGGUUCCGGGGCCACCAGUAUCUGCUGGAAGAAGGCGAAUACCAUGACUGGACGCAGUGGGGCGGCUACAACAACGAGCUGGUGUCCUUACGGCUGAUCCGGACGGACUUCUCAGACCCGGCACUGGUGCUCUUUGAGGCCAAGGACUUCCAGGAUGGGCCCAGUGUGGAGCUAAGCGAAGCGCUGCCCGACGUGGAGCUGGCCAGCUAUGGAAUCACAACCCAGUCCAUCCACGUGCUGAGUGGAGUGUGGGUGGCCUAUGAGAACACGAACUUCUCAGGCGAGCAGUACAUCCUGGAGAAAGGAGUGUAUCGGAAUUGCGAAGACUGGGGAGCCAGUGACGGCCGGAUCUCCUCCGUGCAACCUGUCCUCCAGGUCGCGGAGCACAGUCUGCAUAUUGUCUCCAGGAUCCAGCUGUUCUCAGAUCCCAAUUACCUCGGUGAUCACAUCUCCUUUGAGGACGAUCAGGUGUCCCUGCCGGAGGCCUUCGCUCCCCAGUCCUGCAGGGUCCACGGAGGCAGCUGGAUUCUCUAUGACGGCUGGGAGUUCAAGGGGGAACAGCACGUUCUAUCAGACGGCGAGUAUCCGACGCUCACCGCCAUGGGCUGCGUCUCGUCCACAGUCACCCGGUCGCUGAAGAAGGUCCCAAUUUUUUUCUCGGAGCCCUCGAUCUUCCUGCAUGGACUGGAGUGUUUCGAAGGGAAGGAGAUAGAGCUGACCAGCGAAGUGCGGAGCCUGCAGGCCGAGGGCUUCAAUAACCACGUGCUGUCUGUGCGCGUGAAAGGCGGGAUAUGGGUGCUGUGUGAACACAGCAACUUCCGAGGCCGCCAGUGGCUGCUGGACUGUACAGAGAUCACCAACUGGCUGACCUACAGCGGGCUUCAGCACAUCGGCUCCCUCUACCCCAUCAGGCAGAGACGGAUCUACUUCCGGAUAAAAAACGCGGAGCUGCAGUUCUUCCUCUCUGUCCCAGACGACGUUGAGGACAUGAAAGCAGGACGAGUGGUGGUCUCGGACCUGAGUGACCAGAGCAGCUCCAUCUGGUACUACGAGGAGGGGCUCAUCAAAAACCAGGUUGCCCCCACCAUGAGCCUGCAGGUGAUUGGUCUGGCCGGGAAAGGCGCCAAGGUGGUGCUGUGGGCUGAGAGCCGAGUUCCCCGCCAGACCUGGAGAAUCGAUUCUUUUGGGCGGAUCUGUAGCCAGAUGUUUGAGGACAUGAUCCUGGAUGUGAAAGGGGGCAGAUUGUAUGACCGAGAUCACGCCAUCCUCUGGGACGUGGCUGAGGAAAGAUCCACGCAGAUCUGGGACAUACAAGUGCUCUAAGAGCUUACAUUCAGGCCUGGAUCCUGUUGGAGGUGCCACCAAGUGCCCCCAGCUCUUCCCACGGUCUUUCUGGGUUAUCAGGGUUCCUUGCAAACUGGUUCAGGGGUGCUGCUACCAGAAAGUAUCCCCUGCCCUGGAAUGGAGCCUGGACAGGCACAUGUCUCUGCAGCCUCUCCUCUGCCCGCUGGCCAUUCUAGGGUUGUGACUACUCCAGUUCAACCCUUCGUCAAUUCCAGGGAUUGCCUGGGAGUGGAGGUGGCACUGACUGUCCUGUUUCAGCAUUCAGGGGCUCAUCAGGACCCACCUGAACUAUUGUGAAUCACCUGUGAAGUGCCAUGUGGUACCCGUGUGCACACGUGAGUGCCGUGCAAUGGGCCAUUUGGAGUCCUCAGGUGCCGAGCCGGUUCUGGUGUGGCUGAUUUGGGCUGUACACCAAAGACUGAAACACAGACUCCUGCCCUGUCAUGGCUUCCUAAGCCCCUGUAUUUAUGUGUGUAUCAGAUAUGAUCCCUUUUCUAACACCAGCUCUCCGACUGGGUGCUCGGUUUGUAACACCAGUCGCGCGGGCUAACACACUCGUUGAGCUGGUCUCUGAGAUGCCGCUCAAUGGAUGGACUUGAGACACUAGAGCAGGGGUUCUCAAACUGGGGGUUAUUACUUGGGGGGGUCGCGAGCUGUCAGCCUCCACCCCAAACCCCGCUUCGCCUCCAGCAUUUAUAAUAGUGUUAAAUAUAAAAAGAUGUGUUUUUUAAUUUAUAAGGGGGGUUGCACUCAUAUGCUAGCUGUGUGAAAGGGGUCACCAAUACAAAAGUUUGAGAACCACUGCACCAGGGCCUUUCACACAAGGGAGGGAUCAUUGCACACACAACCAGCUGCACACCUUAACAAUAUGGGAGCAGCCGCCGCCCUCUUGUCUCCAGAGUGGCAAUUGCAGGGUACAUCAUUUGUUGCAUUUCCAGCUAGCAUCCAUCACUGGGGAGUAUUUCCUAGCUGAGCAUCUUAAAGCACUUUAUAAACAUUAAUGAACUAAGCCUCACCAUCCCCUAUGGGGUUAGUAGCUCCCAGUUUACAUUUGGGGCAACUGAGCUGUACAGAGGUGAAAUGUCUUCCCCAAGGUCCCACAACAGACAGAGCUAGGAAUAAAAAUCUGCUCUCCUGCUCCUAUGCUGAGCACUAACCAGUGCUUCCAGGGUGCUGUUUAUUAGCCUGCAUGUGCUCUCCUCCGAACACUGUUUAUUAAGUGUAGAGAAUGAGCCCACCUGUCAAUAAGGCGCUGUGUGUCAUAUGAAGCUCUGAGGAAGUCUCAGAUUUUGCCCAGGGUGACGCGUCUCUGUCCCAUUCAGUAGUUCUGGCCGAGCCCCUUGAAUGACCCUGGUCUCUUCAGUGACUUGGCUGUUGCCCGGCACUGGUUUAGUUGCCAUCCCCACAUCAGGUGAUAUUGACUCGCCCUCUAGCAUGUCACGUAGUAGAACCUCACAGCAGAUCUCCGAUGAAGCUUCGACCUCCAACCCACAACAGGCUGCAGUGCAGUCUCCUUCACCGUCAUUGGAGUAGCAUCUUCAUUCAGCUGGUCUGCACCGAAACCUGCAUCACCAGCCUUAGACAUUGAGUCUGACUGCUACAACCUUCACUGACUCCAACUUCAGUCUCCCUGGACCUGUGCAAUUCCUGAAUGUACUGUCCCAACUUCAGGGUGCGGAUCUGGGGCUUUCGCUGCUCAAGACUCCACUUGUAUUAUACAAACACACACUCUCUCUUUCAUAUACAUUCAUGCUCUGGGCCACACAAAGCACUAGAAAAGGCCCGCAGAGCACAAUCCUGCAGUAACCAGGAGAGAGAUGGACUGCAUGGGGUGGGGGAGGGUCUUUUCCACCUUUAAUUUCUGUGCUUGUAUAAAAUUUCACUUUAUCUAUAACAAUAAUACUGAUACCUAGCUCUUCUAUAGUGCUUUUCAUCAGUAGAUCUCAAAGCACUUUAUAAAGGAGGUCAGUAGCAGUAUCCCCAUUUUACUUUACGAUCAGAAACAGAGCAGACAAACACGGUGGAAGGGAAAGUAUUACACGCAGUCGCAUGAGUACGUUUCCCCCCUGCCCCCAGAGAUGGGUAGAGUUUAUUCUUAGGGCAAUGGAUGCUUGUUGAGUUAAUAAAUAAAUGCUCGUUCUUGGGUCAGAAGAACACCAAAAAGAAAGCGGCAGCUUUUAAGACAAAGUGUAGGGCUACAAUCCUGGAUGGGCUGGGUUGUAGAAUAAUCCU